UGGGAGCACCUUACUUUUUGUCAUGUGACCGUAUGGCAAGAUGUUAGUAUGGCGCUUUCCAGGACAAGAAAUGUGUUGAAGAUUUAUAGGCGUUUGUCGGCUUUCGGGAGUAGCAGAUCUUUGUUUACAGCGCCUAGUCAGAGUACCACUGUUCGUAUCUUUUCUGGUAUCCAGCCAACUGGCAUCCUUCAUCUUGGUAACUACCUGGGAGCAAUUGAAAACUGGGUGAAGUUGCAGGAAGAAUGUGGUUCAGUUUUUUACAGCGUUAUGGAUCUACAUUCUAUUACAGUACCCCAGGAUCCAGCAACACUGCAAGAGAAUGUACUUAACAUGACUGCCAGCCUUAUUGCUUGUGGUAUAAACCCUGAGAGAAGUGUACUUUUUCAGCAGUCUGUGGUAUCAGAACAUGCCCAGUUCUGUUGGAUCUUAGGCUGUCUGACCAGCAUGCCACGGUUACUUCACUUGCCACAAUGGAAGGUGAAGAGUGCAGGAUCUAAAAGUGGUGGGAGUGUUGGCUUAUUUACCUAUCCAGUAUUGCAGGCUGCGGAUAUACUGCUGUACAAGACAACACAUGUCCCCAUUGGAGAAGAUCAAAUCCAGCAUUUAGAACUGACUAAAGAUAUCGCACGCAUCUUCAACAACAGAUAUGGAGAAUUUUUUCCUAUACCCAAAGAAAUUUUGAAUUCAGCUAAAAAAAUAAGAUCAUUACGUGAUCCAACAUCAAAAAUGUCCAAAUCUGAUGUCCAGCCACUUGCCACAAUUAGUAUAACUGACAGUCCAGAUGAUAUAAUGCUGAAGUUCCGUAAGGCUGUCACAGACUUCACAUCAGAGGUGACUUUUGACCCUGAAUCCCGUCCAGGAGUUUCAAACUUAAUUGCUGUACAUGCUGCUGUAACUGGACAGAGUACUGAGGAAAUUGUGCACCAGAGUGUGGGACUAGAUACAGCGCAGUACAAAGCAGUAGUGGCAGAUGCUGUCAUUCAGAAACUUGCUCCAAUCAGGAGUGAGAUUCAUCGAUUGACAUCUGAACGUGGAUACUUGUGCAGUAUCUUAACCCAUGGAGCUGAUAGGGCAAAAGAAAUGGCAUCUCCUGUCUUUCAUGAUGUUAAGAAAUUGAUUGGACUUAGUUAGCAUACUUUGCAGCCAUAAGUGAACAUGGAACAGUAAUGGAGUUGAUCAAGUGCCUAGUAGGACUAAGGAAUCAGGCAUGUACAUUGCUUCUUGCCUGGUGAUGACUUGCAUUGAAAGUCUACUUCUGUGUACCUGAUGGCUUGGUUUUUAACAUCUAAUGAUUAAUCCAUAUGGUAAAAGUUCCUUAAUUAAUGGACACCCUUUAAUUCAGAUGGGGGAGACGCUGUUUUUUUUAUUGUGCUUAGAACGUGAUUCUGUUUAAACUGCAUCAUUUUUCAGGGAAGUUGUGGAUUUCUAGUGAUAGGUUAAAGCUGAAAAUGUGAGCUAGUAUUUAUUUUAGUCUGUUUUGUAGUCUGCACAACUGUUUUUAGUUUUUUUUUAAUUGGCUUGUUUUUAUUUGCACAUUUAAGAUUACUUUUGGGAGUUGGUUGCAAUGGGUAUUAAGGAAAGUGCAUAAAUA